CGGGGGCCGAGUGCCACGAAAUGUCCUCCACACCUGCUGCUGGCAGCAGCAAGGCAUCAGCCACUGCUUCCGCUGAGGAGGACCUUGACACAAGAGGGAGAGCGGAGCCCGCCAGUUGUGGAGGACCCUCGGGUCGUCCAGUGGGGUCCAGAGGCGAGGAACCUGGAGAAAAAGCGAAAGGGUGCCGAGAGUUGAAGAAUGGAUUUUUCGUGGUUCUACAAACUUUUGGUUCUCGUGUGGAAGAAUUUUAUUUUAAAGAGGCGGCGAUUCAUUGCUUUAGUCGUGGAAAUCAUCCUAACAUUACUAUUUGCUGGUACACUUUUGUUAACCCGCAAAUUUGUGGUUAUAAGGAAGUCUGGACCUUUCAAUUAUUCUCUUCAGCCUCUCGAUGAGUUGCCUGCAUUCCUCGGAAGCACCCCUUUUCCUGGUCUAUGGGAAUUGGCUUUCGUGCCUUCCAAAAGUGCUGUGGUGAAGAAUACAGCUGAAACCGUGAAGAGGGAUUUACACUACAAGUUUAAAGUUCAAGGCUUUUCUUCAGAAAGAGAGUUUGAAGAUUAUGUUAAGCAAGAGGAUAAUUCUAAAAAAGUGAUGGUUGCUUUUGUUUUUGACCAUGAGUUCAAAAAUAGCCACGAUCCCCUGCCACUUAAGGUAAAAUAUCAUCUGCGUUUUAGUCAUUUUCAGAGGAACAAGUAUGUGGGGUUUUAUCGACCCAGAAGCUGGGAAACAGGUGCUCUCUUUCCAGCUUUUCCUUCUAUGGGACCCAGAAACGAACAUUUUGCAAAUGGGGGGAGUCCUGGUUACAUCACUGAAGGGUUCCUGGUUAUGCAACAUGCCUUGGAUAAGGCCAUCAUGAAAUAUCAUGACAGCAUUGCUGCACAAAACCUAUUCAAACAUGUCACCGUUUUUGUCCAGAGAUUUCCAUAUCCAAUAUAUGAUCAUGAUUACUUCUUUAUACUUUUGGAUAUUUUUACCCCUUUAGUAAUCUUAUUUAUCUUUGCUAUGAAUCAUCUUACCCUCAUUCAAUCUAUUGUGUGGGAAAAGGAAAAUCGAUUGAAGGAGUACCAGCUCAUGGUAGGACUCAGUAAUUGGAUGCUGUGGGCUGCCUAUUUCUUCACAUUUCUCUCUUUGUAUUCAGUUAUCAUCUUUUUGAUGUGCCUAGUUUUCUUUGCCAAGAUUGAACCUGUGCCAGUCAUCCAAUACAGUGAUCCAUCUCUUGUCUUCGUCUUUUUGCUGUGUUUUGCCAUCGCCACAAUAUUCUUCAGCUUUAUGGUUAGCACAUUCUUCAAUAAAGUAUCUUUUGCUGUUUCCAUUGGAGGUUUCAUUUAUCUUGCCACCUACUUUCCAGCUGUCAGCAUCUUUUCAAACUAUGCACAGAUGACGCUCACCCAGAAGCUGGCUUCCUGUCUCAGCUCAAAUAUUGCAAUGGCACUGGGAACUAAAUUACUAGUCAAGGCAGAAAUGGACAAAAUUGGAAUUAAAUGGAGUAACAUCUUCUCACCAGCCAAAGUGGAUAACUUUGUCUUUGCCUAUAUACUGGUAAUGUUUUUAUUUGAUGCUUUCUUGUAUGGCCUUGUGGCCUGGUAUAUAGAAGCUGUCUUUCCAGGAGAAUAUGGUGUGUCCAAGCCAUGGAAUUUUUUCCUGCUGCGCUCUCACUGGUGUAGGGAAACAAUUGAGAAAAAAAAGGAAAGAAGACAACUUUAUGAGACAAUUGAAAGCAAGUAUUUUGAAGCUGAACCUACUGAUUUGGUAGCAGGUAUCCAGGUCAAGCAUCUGUGCAAGAAAUUCCAAGUGAACAACACUACCAAAAUAGCUGUGAAGGAUUUGUCUUUGAAUUUGUAUGAGGGGCAGAUCACUGUUCUUAUAGGACAUAAUGGGGCAGGAAAAUCCACUACUCUAUCCAUUCUCUCAGGUCUCUGUCUUCCUACCAGUGGAGAGGCCCAUAUUAAUGGAUACGACAUCUCAAAGCAGAUGGUCCAGAUCAGGAAAAGCUUGGGCUUGUGUCCCCAGCAGGACUUAUUGUUUAAUUACUUGACAGUAUCAGAACACCUUUAUUUCUAUUGUAUGAUAAAAGGAAUACCUCGAAAGACACGUGUUAUUGAAACAAACAAUAUGCUGUCUACUUUCAACCUUCUAGAAAAGCGUAAUGCAUUUUCAAUGUCACUGAGUGGAGGAAUGAAGCGCAGCCUCUCCAUCAUUAUAGCACUUAUAGGGGGCUCCAAGGUCGUGAUCCUGGAUGAGCCAACAUCUGGCAUGGACCCAGCCUCAAGGAGGGCCACAUGGGAUCUGCUUCAGCAUUACAAACAGGAUCGUACUAUCUUAUUGACCACCCACUACAUGGAUGAAGCUGACUUCCUGGGUGACCGCAUAGCUAUCAUGGUCAAAGGAUCCCUGCGGUGCUGUGGCUCUCCAAUUUUCCUGAAAAAAAUAUACGGAGUGGGAUACCACAUAGUCAUGGUGAAGGAACCUCACUGUAAUGUUGAAGACAUCUCCAAACUGAUGUAUUAUCAUACACCAACAGCCACUUUGGAGAAGAAUGCUGAAAAUGAAUUAUCUUUUAUUCUACCUAAAGAGUACACACACAGGUUUGAAGCUCUGUUUACUGAUCUGGAAAAGAGACAGAAAGAGCUGGGCAUAGCUAGCUUUGGUGCCUCUAUCACUACCAUGGAAGAAGUCUACCUUAGGGUCAGUAAUACAGAAGACUCACAAACAGAUAUCCAAGCUACCCAACCUCAUUCUCCUUCCCAAAUGAACAAAAUCUCAAUCAAGAACCAGAAUAGGAAUAUGUCCAGAAAUGAGAGCACAGAUUCUUCUGCCAUGAAUGAAAGCCCUGUUAUUACGUUUAAUACUGGAUGCACCCUCUACCACCAGCAGUUCCAUGCCAUGUUCAUAAAGAGAGCAAUAUUCAGUUGGCGCAACUGGACUCUAAUUUUGAUGCAGAUACUGGCACUUCUAGGUUCCCUUAUCUUUCUUCUCUCAGAGGCUGAUAUUUUUUCACAUAAUAUUGGUGAUAAGCCCAGACUAAUGGAUUUGGGUCAAUAUGGUCAAACUAUUGUGCCUGUAUCUAUUUCUGGGAAUUCUAAUUUGACUCUGAUUUUCUUGCAACAUCUUAAGAGUAUGCUAGAGGCUGAAAAACAAACACUUAAGGAAGUGCAAGGUGACCUACUGAAAUACUUGAUGGAAAAUGAAGAUUGUAUUCACUUAUGCACUGUUGCGUUUUCCAUUGAGGUGAAGACAAAUGUAAUAAUAUUUACUGCUCUGUUCAACAAUCAAGCAUACCAUUCACCAGCUCUGACUCUGGCAAUGUUAGAUAAUGUUCUUUUCAAGUCAGUUUCUGGCCCUAAUGCCUCCUUAACAGUCUCCAAUAAACCUCAGCCAAGUCCUACUCAUAAAAAAAGCAGUGAAACGUAUGUUAUGGCCUUAAAUGUACAUUUUGGCAUGGCUCUUUUGAUCAGUAGCUUUUGUCUCCUGACAGUGGCUGAGAGAGUCUCUAAGGCAAAGCACAUCCAGUUUGUGAGUGGAGUCUAUGUCCUUGUGUACUGGCUUUCUGCUUUACUGUGGGAUUUCACCAUCUUCUUCAUUACCUGCUGCUUACUACUAGUGAUGUUGAAAUACUGCCAAAUGGAUAUAUAUAUCACAGAUUACCAUUUUCUGGACACUUUGUUGAUCUUCAUGCUGUAUGGCUGGUCUGCCAUACCCCUCAUGUACCUGCUGAGCUUCCUGUUUACCAGAAGUACUUCUGCCUACAUCAAACUUGUCCUAUUCAACUACCUUUCAGGCAUUUUCACUCUCCUCAUAGAUUCCACAUUUCAAUUCGAGGUUCAACAUAGCAUGUCAAAUGCCACCAGAAACUUCAUACUUAAUUUAUUACUGCUCUUUCCCAAUUACAACCUUGGGAAGUGCAUUGCUGACUAUUUUAAUUUCUACCAGAAGAAGAAAUGGUGCUCGCUAGAAACACCUCCUGUCCAUUUAAAUUGUAGUAAAGCAGAUAGUACAGAGAAUGUUUAUUCUUUGGAAGAGAAAAUGAUUGGAAAGUAUAUGAUCAUGAUGAGUACCACAGGCUUUAUUUUCCUUCUCUUGAUUUUCUUUUUGGAGACUACUUUGUGGAAAAUAAGAAUAUUUUUCAAUCAAUACAUUUACUUUGGUAUCUAUAAGACAUUCAAGAAGGAAAAAGUGUCCAAGGAAUUAUCUGGAGAAUCUGAUGAUGAAGAUGUACAAAAUGAAAGGAAGAGAAUCCUGGGGCAGCCUCGGGAGUUGCUGAAUUCCAUAGUGCUCAUUAAGGAACUCACAAAGAUAUAUUUUAGGUAUCCAGUCAUUCUGGCUGUGAAAAAUAUCUCCGUUGCAAUCCAAAAGGGGGAGUGCUUUGGAUUGCUUGGAUUCAAUGGGGCAGGAAAAACUACUACCUUCCAAAUCUUGACUGGAGAUCAGACUGUUACCUCUGGGAAUGUGUUCAUUGAUGGCUUCAGCAUCACUGAAAAUAUCCAAAAGGUGAAGUCAAGAGUUGGCUACUGUCCUCAGUCUGAUGCCUUGCUGGAAUACAUGACUGGUCGGGAAAUAAUGACCAUGUAUGCCAGAUUAUGGGGAGUCUCUGAGCCCCAGGUUCAGCAGUAUGUGAAUAAAUGGUUGAAUUCACUGCAACUGGAGUCCUAUGCUGACAAGCUUAUCAGAACCUACAGUGGAGGAAACAAACGUAGGCUGAGUACUGCUAUUGCCCUAAUGGGGAAGCCCUCAGUCAUUCUGCUGGAUGAACCAUCAAUUGGUAUGGACCCAGUAGCCCAACGCCUGCUCUGGGAUGCUGUGACAUGGACACGUGAAAGUGGCAAAGCCAUCAUUAUAAGCUCCCACAGAAUGGAGGAAUGUGAUGCCUUUUGCACCAGGCUGGCCAUCAUGGUGCAGGGGAAGUUCAUGUGCUUGGGUAACCCUCAGCACCUCAAGAGCAAGUGUGGCAAUAUAUACAUCCUGAAGGUCAAGGCCAAGAUUGGUACACAAAAGGAUAAAUUAGAUGAUUUAAAGUUUUUCAUCACAAUGACAUUCCCAGGCAGUGUUUUAAAGCAGGAGAAUCAAGGGAUCCUUAACUACUACAUUCCCAGCAAAGAUAAUACCUGGGGAAAGGUGUUUGGUAUUUUGGAGGAAGCUAAAGAGCAAUUCAAUUUAGAAGACUAUUCCAUCAGUCAGAUAACACUGGAACAAGUCUUCCUGACAUUUGCUAACCUACAGAACACAGAAGAUAAUUAUUUUAAAAAGGUGCCAUGA